AUGUCUAGAUAUCCAAAUUGUUCUAACCUUCUCCGAGGAAUAAGUAAAGACAAUGCAGAAUUUGUUCGAACUGACAACUCAGAUGAUGACAAGAUAGAGAGAAGUGGUCCAUUAUAUUUGCAUCACUACCCACUCCCAAAUGGAGAUUAUUCAUUCAACGAUCAGAACUACGUUGGAAGUUACCCGUAUGGUUAUUCUCCUAGUGCUCAAUAUUUUGCCAACGGCCAGCAGUUUGUUGGCCUCCAACAGUUCGAUCCUACUUCCGGUUCCGAGUAUCCACAGAUGAAGCAAAUCUUACACCAGAACAAUGGACUUGGCUCCAGAGAUUCUAAUAAUCAGCAACUCGCAGAUGAAGAUGAUGACAAAGAUGACGAUUUGAAUGACUUCGAAAAACAUUUAUUAAGAAAAGAGGUUUCUAAGCAAGUGACAUUUGAAGUAGAGUCAUCAUCGGACAACUUGCCUGAAAUAGAAGAUAAUGAAUCGGAUUAUGAACCAGGAGCAAAGAAGAAGAAACAGGAAAAUAGUUCUUCGAGAAGAGUACAAAGAAGAAAAGUUAUGGAGUACGAUCAAAAGAAAGAAGUUCCAUUGCCAAAGAAUAUGAAGCCAUUUGAUCUGGAGAAGCGAUCGGACUACGUUCCUAGAACCAAGGCUAGAAACUACAAAUUAAAAAGUGUUGAAGAGAAAACGAAGGAUCCCCUAUACAUGCUGAAAAGAGACAAAAACAAUGAUGCGGUGAGAAAAAGCAGAAAAAGAUCUAGACAGGUUGAAUUGGAAAGAAAAGAACAGUUCGAAGUUAUGCAGCGGGAGAACAAAUGGCUAAAAGCGGAAAUUUUACGUUUAAGAUCAGCUGCAUGCAUCAACUGUGGACAAAAACCAAUAAAGUUGGAAAACGAAGAUGGUGAAUUGAUGAUGUGA